AUUUAGGAUUAUACACAUUCAUACACAUAUGCACUUCUUGUAUUUAAUAUUUAUAUGUAGAUGUAUUAAACCGCGAUAAAACAAGUUUUACAGCAAAGUUCUCUUUGUUGGCAAUUAUCAAAGUGCUAAUGAAUUCCAAAAGAUGUGUGUGUCUGUAUGUAAGUCUGUGUUUGUUAUACACAUGUGCGUAUAAUUUAUGCAGUUCUGAGCACGUAAAUGGAACAUUUUGAGUCUAAAUUUAAAUUUUACCUUAAAGGUUACAAAAUAAUAAACACUUUACAAAUAUUUGUAUGUCUAGAUGUAGUAAAUUACGAUUUCAUUAAUUAAUCCAUGUACUUUUUAGUGGCAGAAAUAUGGUUGUAUUAAGAUCAAUUUGCAACUUUUACAAAGCGAGAAGAAUAUUUUUCAAAAUCAAACUUUUACUGAGCAAAUUGAAACUAAAUAUAAUUUUUUUUUGGAUUGCAACUGUCAUAAAAAAGUACAUAUGUAUGUAAAUAUACCUAAGUAAAACCUGGUAUAUAAGGUAAUCAGUCGAAGUUUUGGGCCAAAAACGUUCCCACGACCAAUCCUAUCAACUCGGCACCAUUCCUUGAAAUUACUACAGGAAGGUUUUCUGCCGCUACAACAACAACAACAACCAAAAUCUAUUAUAUGAUUUUCAUACUCUAUUUAAAUUGAUAUUCGUCUCUCUGAUGGAUAAUAUUCCUUUGUAUAACGGUAAAAAAAACAUUCCUAGAACUUUUUUAUUUCAUUUUCAGUUCAGCACAAACUUGACACAUGCCUACUUUUUCCAUUAAAAAUAAACUAAUGUGUCCUGAUUAUUUAUACUGUAAAUAUAAAUGUUUUUACAUACUGUGAAUACAUUUAGCAGAUUUUUACGUGGAUUAACGAUGUCGAAGUAUGCAGGCACGUAAAUUGUUCGCUGUCAUGUCUGUAUGCAUAGCUUUUAUUGUUCUCGAAACUGCUUACGAAUGCAGGACACACACCAGAUAUUAAACUGCAUUGUGCAAAAUAAAACACCAUCAUUAAAUGUUUACAAAAAAUAAAAAAUUUCCAUGUCACUAAGUGACUAACUGACAUGGGUGUGCACAUGUGCAAACAUAAAUAUCUUUUGGCAUGUCGAGUCGCGCUUAACUAAUCAGUCCAACGCCAGCCACCGAGAUGACGCAGAGCAGCACCGAUUUCGCGCAGUUGUCCGCUACGCACAACAAUGCAAAUACCGCAAGCCGCAAAGAGAAGGAGGCAACUCCUGCAGCGCGGGCAGUGUCACCCAUAGCCAGCAGUCAAAAUUGUGAUAUACUCCUGAGUAACUUUCAAAUCAAGAAGAAACGCUAUCGCGUCUUGCUCAACUAUGACCACAUUGUUUGGGAGCAACUGCAGUCGAAGCGCAACAGCGAUGCGGACGCUGAGUGCAACUUGAAGCAAAGCGCAGUCUAUGGCAAAAACACGAAUGUGCUGCAUAUAAACGAGCUAAUCAGAGUGAGCAAGGGCAACACCAAGUCGGCGGCUUUGCAUAUUGCAGCACCGCAGCCAAUGGCUGAGUUCGAUGCGCACACCGCAAGCGAACAACAACAACAACACAGCAGUACGCCACCCACUGAACAGUAUCUUGCCUUAUCAUACGCCGCGCGCAUCGUGAACUCAGAGACAGACUGCAAUCGCUGGGACGUGCACAACCUGGUACUUUACAAUGCGGACGCGUAUGUGGUGCGGCAAUGGCAUGCGCUGCUCAAUAAAAUGCUGGCGAAUACGGCGCCGACGCGUCUGCGCGUGCGCCGCUUACUGGUCUUCAUCAAUCCGUAUGGCGGACGUCAGCGCGGCUUGCACGUCUAUGAGCGCCACUGUAAACCGCUGUUUCAAUUGGCUGGCAUCGACGCGUCCUGCAUUAUAUCGCAGCGUUCGAAUCAAAUCCGCGACAUACUAUUGAGUCAUGAUUUGUCGCCGUUUGAUGCAGUUUGCUGUGUUGGUGGCGACGGCACAGUGGCGGAGGUAAUUAACGGACUCAUCUUUCGCGCGAUAUGCGACGCGGGCUUAGAUGCGCGCCAGCCGCCGUAUGUGCCGAGACCAACGCUGCCCGUAGCUAUAAUACCAGCGGGUAGCACCGAUACGGUCGCGUACAGCUUACAUGGCACAGCGGAUGUGCGUACUGCGGCGAUACAUUUAAUUUUGGGUCAGCGGCGCGGUCUGGACAUUUGUAGCGUGCGCAAUCGUGAAGGUGUCAUACGCUUUUGCGCCAGUGUAUUAUCCUACGGCUAUUUGGGCGAUGUGGCGGCGAGGAGCGAGCGUUAUCGUUGGCUGGGUACCAAGCGCUAUGAGUUUGCCGGUGUUAAAACGUUCCUUACCAAUAACGGCUAUGAAGCGGAGCUGCGCGUCUUUCAGCCAAUAGGCGACAAAAAAUUAAAUGCCAUUGCGGCUGCACACGAAGAAGGCGCGAGGAGUGAAAACGUGUCAACUACAGAUGAUACAAUUUGCUAUACAAAUUGUACGCGCUGUGACGCGGCGUCCAUUGCACAGGCGGCGCUUGCAACGAAAUGCGCUUUAAUGCAGGAAGGCGUAUUGGCAAGUGCUACUGCGCCGACGCGUGUUGAAGGCGAUGAGCUGCCCACCUCUUCGAACGCCUCAUUGAAGAGCUGUGAUGAUAGUAACGACGGCCAAAGCAAUACAACGAAUUAUUUGGAAGUGGGUGGCACCGCUGCCAAGUUGCGUGGCGGAAAUAUGUGUGAUGCAAGUAGUAGCAAUGAAACUAUGGACUUUGAUGAUAAGAAGCAUAUAAAUUUGACGGACUGUGAUAAUAAUAGUGAAAUGGUGUGCGAUGCGGCAGAUGGCGAGUGCGCGCCGGAAAUAAAAAGUAAGGUCGAAAGUGAGUGGAAAACAAUAAAUGGUAAAUUUUUUAUGAUCAGUGGCGCGAAUAUUACCUGCGCCUGCACGCGUAGUCCCAACGGUGUGGCACGCUACAGUCAUCUAGGCGAUGGCUAUCUAGACCUGAUACUAGUGCGAAAAACCUCGCUGCUCAACAAUGUGCGAUUGCUCAUAAACUUAAUGGGGCGCAGCGGCGAUAUUCGAAAUUUGCCUUUUGUGGAAACCUAUCGCACCAAAAAGUUCUGCUUCCGUUCACCUAAUGCAAAUCUUGCGCAAGACUAUAGUAUUAGUGGUUCCUGUCAGCCGAUCGCUGAAACUGUUGACUAUGAUGACGACAACGGUUUGUCGCGCUGGAACUGUGACGGAGAAGUGGUUAACGAUCAGGAAUUAACUAUGAUUUCCCAUUGCCAAUUAAUCGACGUCUUCAUGCGUGGACCACACACAUAUAACAAACCGCUGAAGAGCGCUGGUAAAUCCUUGCUGUGCUGCUGCUGUGGCUGCUGCCGAAUUGAUGAAUAACAUAGCCAUAAUGUGUUGGAAGUUCUUUGAUACGCGAUCGAAUGCAAAUUAUUACAAAAGUUGGUGGGUACAGCAAUCGUUUGCUGUUUGAUAAGGAAAACUAUGACCAAUUUUCGCAGACUUCUCCUUAUAUAGAGCUGAAAGUAUUUCAUGUGUAGAUAUGUAUGAAAAAAAGUGUUGGAAACAUAAGCUUUAAGCACUAAAGAUUUUAAAUAAAUAUUUGCAAUAUGUAAUUUGAAAAACUAAAAUUGGUAAUCAAUACAUACAUAUUUCGUACAUACAUACAUAUAUACAAAUGUAUUUUAAAAUGCUACUUUUAUAAAAAUCAAUUUAAUAUCUAUAUAUUGUACAUAUAUAAUUUAUAUCUAUUAUAUUUGGUCCCAAUUUGUUACCAUUCCUAUUUAAGUUUAAAAAAUAUAUACAUACAGGUAUAAAGUAUUGUAAGCCAACAUUCCCAACAUUCGUAUGAGUAUUAAUUAUGUAAAAGUUGAUAUGAGUAUGUAUUUAUGUGAUUUAUUUAGUAAUAUUUUCACGAUGUUUUUAAUUAUUGUUUAAAGUUUAUGGUAACAUAUGUAUAUUAUUUGUAAGUUUGGUGACGUUAUAGUGGCAACGGGGUAUCGAACUGUUUAAUUUGUUUAACCGUUAAUGAUUAUUCGCCAAUAAAGAAACAAUAAAUGGAAAACAAAACAAACGAGAA